AUGAAUCACACAGGAGAAAAUCAGAUUUUGUCUUUUCAAUCUGGGAAAUGGAUUGGCCUGAACAGGCACCAUAUAUAUGCUCUGAAUGUGGGAAAGGUUUUACCCAGGCUGCAGAGCUUGCGUCACAUAAAAUGGUUCAUAAUAAGGCAGGACCAUACAAAUGUACUGCAUGUUCAAAGGCUUUUAAAAAAAAAGCCUCAUUUUGUUGGUCAUCUGAAGAUUCACACAGGAGAAAAACCAUUUAAAUGCUCUGAUUGUGGGAAAAGUUUUACUUGGAAAUCCCAGCUCAUUUCACAUAAAUGGAUUCAUUCAGGUGAGAGACCAUUUAAGUGUAAUGAAUGUGGCAAGUGUUUUACCCAAAAACAUCAUCUUAAUAGUCAUCAAAUGGUUCACAGUAAAGAAAAGCAAUUUAAAUGCACUGAAUGUGGCAAGUGUUUUACCCGGGCCACAAGUCUUGCAUCACAUAAAAUGAUGCACACAGGAGAAAAAACAUUUUCAUGCUCUGAAUGUGGGAAAGGUUUUACCCAGGCUGCACUGCUCGCGUCACAUAAAAUAGUUCAUAAUAAGGAAAAACCUUACAAAUGUACUGAAUGUUCGAGGAGUUUAAAAAAAAAAAAGAAAGAUCUUGUUCAACAUCAGAAACUUCACACAGGAGAAAAGCCAUUUAAAUGCACUGAAUGUGGGAAAUGUUUUAUUUCGAAUUCUCAGAUAAGUGCACAUAAACGGAUUCAUACAGGCGAGAAACCAUUUAAGUGUUAUGAAUGUGGCAAGUGUUUUACCCUAAAGCAUCAUCUUAUUAGUCAUCAAAUGGUUCACAGUGAAGAAAAGCCAUUUAAAUGCACUGAAUGUGGGAAGUGUUUUACCCUAAAGCGUCAUCUUAUUAGUCAUCACAUGGUUCACACAGGAGAAAAGCCAUUUAAAUGCUCUGAAUGUGGGAAAGGUUUUAACUGGGCCUCAAGUUUUAACAAACAUAAAAGAAUUCAGCACAUAAACUGA